AUGCAUCCCUCUAGCAUUCUCACUUUCCUCUCGUUGGCGGUUCUGCCUGUUGCGCUGGCUAGUCCGGUUGGAAGUAAUCAGGACUCAUCCAUCGCCAAACGCUGCUGCAUCCUCUGCGACAAUCCCUAUGCGCGAUGCGGAGCCAACGAUAAGCGUGAAGCGGUCCAGACGGAGGAGGAAGUGUUCCAUGGACAGGAGAAGCGGUGCUGUGUUAAUUGCGACGUUGGUCGGUGUGGGAAUUAG